AUGGACGUUCAUGGGGUUGCUCAAGGCCACGAAGGAGUUGAUGAGUGGUUCCAUAAGCUCGACCGGACAAAAGAGAAGGUAACAAGACUUCAUUUCUACUUCCACGACACCGUUAGCGGAAAAAGCCCAACGGCGGUGACCGCGGCCGGUGCCAAACUGGCAUCGCCCACAAUGUUCGGCCUAAUUAAUACGGCGGAUGACCCAAUGACGGUUGGUCCUGAACUGAACUCAACGCUACUAGGUCGAGCACAAGGCAUUUAUGCAUCCGCUGACCAGAACGAAGUCGGACUAGCCAUGUACAUGAAUUACUACUUCACAGCAGGGAAGUACAGAGGAAGCACCCUGAGCCUCCUUGGAAGAAAUGCAGGAUUGCAUAGCAUCCGAGAAAUGUCCAUCGUUGGUGGCACCGGUGUUUUCCGGUUGGCACGGGGAAUUGCUACCGCCAAGACUUACUUUGUCAAUGCUACCACGGCGGAUGAUAUCGUUGAGUACAACGUUGUGGUUGUACACUAUUAA